UUUUGCAAAUCAAAUUAUCUUAUGUUUCAGGCUAAAAUGACUCAACUGCCAGAGGCUGAAAAAGAAAAGAUAGCUGAGCAAGUGGCUGACUUCAAGAAAGUCAAAAGUAAGCUUGAUGCAGAGAUUGAAAUAUGGGAUGAUACCAGCAAUGACAUCAUUGUUUUGGCUAAGAGGAUGUGUGUGAUUAUGAUGGAGAUGACAGACUUCACAAGGGGUAGAGGCCCACUGAAGAAUACAUCUGAUGUGAUUAACGCAGCAAAGAUGAUUUCAGAGUCUGGAUCCAAGAUGGAUGUGCUGGCACGACAGAUUGCCAACCAGUGUCCUGACCAAUCAUGUAAACAGGAUGUAUUGGCUUACCUGGAACAGAUCAAGCUCUAUUGUCACCAGCUCAAAAUCUGCAGUCAAGUUAAAGCAGAAAUCCAGAAUCUCAGUGGAGAGCUCAUCGUGUCUGCUUUGGAUAGUGUCACUUCACUAAUUCAGGCUGCCAAAAACUUAAUGAAUGCUGUGGUGCAGACAGUGAAGAUGUCCUAUAUUGCCUCCACUAAGAUCAUCAGAAUUCAAAGUCCUACUGGCCCACGACAUGCUGUUGUGAUGUGGAGGAUGAAAGCUCCAGAAAAGAAGCCCCUGAUUAAAAGAGAGAAGCCAGAGGAAAUCUAUGCAGCUGUCAGAAAAGGUUCUGCUAAGAAAAGGAUCCAUCCUGUUCAAGCUAUGAGUGAAUUUAGAGGAAGAGAAAUAAUCUAAAAUUACUAUCCUGCCACUGUGCACAUUUCAUACCUUGUAACUGCUCACAUGGCAUCUUUAUUUUUCCACCUGUUUAAGUCUAUAAGUAUGCUAAUGUUUGGAAAUUCUCUUCUUUUGUAUGUUUAACAUUAACUGUAGGGUAUUUCAUCUUUAAAAAAAGAUAUUUAAAAUGCAUAUUUGAUUAGUUAAUGGUACACAAUUUAAAAUAAUAUUUUAAAAAAUCAUCUUAUUUUAUUGCUCACUCUCUUUACAAUGCCUUUUUUUUUGCAGCUGAGCAUUUUGAAUGAUAGGUUAGGAUGCUGUGUUAUAACAAGAGUUAGCUUUCAUAUAAUCGAAAGGCAAGGAACAAGGAGUCAAAUUCAUCCCUGGUGUAACUCUCUUGACUUCAGUGGGGUUACACCAGAGAUGAAUGUGGCCUGACAGUUUUAUAUUCAGAGCACUUUAUGACAUACAGGCUUCUAUGGGUAGUAUAUAUUGUGCCACCUCCUUAGCUGGCAUAAAUCAAAAGAAAUGUACUAAGUUACACCACAUAGGGAUCUAGCCCAUUCACUUAUCUAAAUUGAAAGACAUUUUAAAAGAUUUUUUCAUAAACGUUAGAUAUAAACAAAAAUGGAAUAAAAGUUUUAAAAUAUUUGGCAGAACAAAAGGUGGAUUGUAACAAUGUGGGUUGUAAUAAUAAAAUAGAGCUGGUUGUAAUGAAAUUAUAGCAAUAGUAAUAACUCAAAAUUUCAAAGAUCUCUUUAAAUUUUAAAUAUUAAUCCACAUUCUGCUUCCUGGCUUGCUCUAUGAUUGUCACUCAUCUUCAUAAGUCCUAAUAAAUCAGGUAAUAACUAAAUUAUUUUAGAUUAUUUUGCUAAAGGAAAGAAAGAAAGAAAAGAAAAAAAAGAAAUCAUGUUAAAAUGAUACGAAGAAACAUAUGACUAGUCCUGACAUCAAAGAGAGGUGCAAAUGUUCAGGAAGUACCCUAUAAAUAUCAGUCUUUGCAAGAUAACUGCAGUGGAUUAAACUACUUGACCAUGGCACCGCAGUCCCAAACAGCACAGCUGUUCCAGGUGGUAGCCAGCUUGCUAAAUUACUAUUACAGUAUAUUUCAAAGUAUGUCAUGAAGCUAAAAGUGGUGUUAAUUGUUAACAUUACCACCUUAGUCCUACAAAAUAUUCAGUGAAAAACUUUUCAAGCAAAUGCAAAUCUUAGCCUAUGUUCACAAUGAAUUUGUAAGCAUGGGCGUAAGCGAUUCAUACAGUUACAUAGCCAGGCGCUUCCCUUCCUGCCCAGUCAUCCACACUCCGCACCCUAUGUCCUAGGCAUCAGUACUUAGCUAAAACACCUUUGGCUGAAAGGAUUGGUGGUUCACCUCCUCCCUUCACUGCAUGUUAGUGUCUGUCUAGGAACCCCCUCUCAUUCCACACCUUCAUGUUGAAUAAGAUGGCUGCUUCUUCCUCAAGCAGAUUUUUCAGGAAGUCAAACACUAUGGCUGCUGCCUAGCCACACUUUGUUAAAAUGUUACAGAGAACAGAAUGAGCCAGUUCCUUUCCCCCAUAGGGGAGGAUGGUCAGGGAAAAUAUAUCCCCCACCUUCUGAAACCAUCUUGUAACUAAGCUCAGGGUAGUGACACAUCAUAACCGCAAGGGUGUUUGCUAAGAACCCCCAUUAGUACUCUAGCAAACAUUUACUAGGGAUAUUGAGGUUUGUUGUCUCUCAGCUUACUUACUUAGGCCCAGAUUUUCAAAGGUAUUUAGGCGCCUAACUCACAUGGAUCUAGGGAGGUGGCUAAAUAUCUUUGAGAAUCUGGGGCCGUGUGGCUACAGAGAAGAGAUGAAAGAGGUAAGGGGCAGCUGGAACAAGAGCAGCCCAUAGAGCUUAGCAGGGUGAAUGGGCACCUGCCACUUCUUGUAGUUCUAGUGAGAAGGGGGUCAGCUGUAUUGGACAUUCUUCUUGGAGUUUAGCAUUUUGGAACUCAAAUCUUCAACUGGUAUUUCAGGUUCUCUUCCAGCCCCUGAGAGCAGAACUUACAAGGUUAAGUUUGUGUAUCUAUCACCAGGGGUCACACAGUCAUAUGCAUUGUCUUUUCAAUAAAGUCAUGCAUUUGUUAUGGGUCACUUUGGUAUCAUAUGUUUGUGAUUAAUGCAUUAAUCAUGACUUCAGGGGUCACAUUAAUAAUAAAAAGCAUGUGGCACACCCCUGAGAGGAUUACUCAGAUUUUGUUUGUCCUGAUUAAAGUCUCCAGUACUAGUCACAUGUGGAAUAGAUGUUGAGUCACUUUAUACACAUCAUACUCACAACUACACACCACACUGAAAUUAAAAACAUGGCCUGAGACAGUUGCAUGAAAGCGAGUUUACAAAAAAUUUCUAAUGGGAAACCUGGCAACUUAACUUCAGAUUAAAAAUGCUCUUAUUGUUAGCGAAAACAGCUGUUGAAACCUUAGAGCCAGAUUGUACCUACAAUCCCAGCUCAUGUUAGAGGCUCUAGCAGAAGCUCUGAAAGGCAGUGUGCCACAAAAGCCUUAUGGCAGGACAGCCACACCACCACCCUUUAGGAGAGUGCACCAUGCUGUUUCCCACAGAACUAUUGCUUCUCCUCCCUCCACCCAUUUGCGGUAACUAGAACCUGCAGAAACACUAGCAGGGAUCAGCCCUUGUACUUGAAAUGUUGGAUGAUACCUCUAGGGCAGUGGUCCCCAACCUUUUUGUGGCCAAUAGCACAUUCAUGUUUUCAGAAGAGUGUGGCGGGCACCAACAAUUUUUCAAGGCUUCUUUUGUAUUUGUACAUUAAAUAAUACAAAAAACAUCAUAUUUAAUAUUACAUAAUAUGUGAAUUCAGAGAGAAGAGAGAAGCCGGAGAGAAGGUGCGAGGACAGAGAACACCGGCGCCCAUAGCCCCGGAGUUUUCAGUCCCCGACAGGUGUGGGGUCCCGGCUUCUCUCCCCUUCUGGGCACUAGGCGGGCCCCACGCCUGCUGGGGACAGAGAACACCGGCGCCCGCAGCCUGCAGCCCCGGAGUUCUCUGUCCUCGGCAUACGUGGGAGCUGCAGCUUCUCUCCUGCUUAAGCCAUGGCCCCGCACCUGCCAGAGACCGAGAACACCAGCACCCGCAGCCCUGGAGUUCUCUGUCCCCGGCAGGUGCGGGGCCCUGGCUUCUCUCCCCUGCUGGGCACUAGGCGGGCGCACAUAAACGUCCCGGCAGGCACCAUGGUGCCCGCGGGCACCGCAUUGGGGACCACUGCUCUAGGGUGUGGGAAUGGAGACAAAAAACUCCUCAUGGCCUCCCAAUUUGCAUACCUGCAUUGUAGCCAUUCACCAUCUGGCCCUUUCUAUGCUCUUGCAACCCUACCAAUCCUAGAAUAUUUAAAGAAAAGGAGUUUUAAGAAAAGAGUUUGUUUUCACUGCUUAUUUUCCUCCACCAUAGUGUAAGUCCAUGUCUGCUGGUAUGCUUUACUUUUAAAAUAGGCAGUGUGCCCACACAUGUUUAAUAAAAAGAGCAUCAUGGAUCAGAUUGGCAGAUGUAUUUAUAGACUGCAAGUACCAAAAAGAGAUAGGUUUUUAUCGAUGUGAUUUAUAUGAUGUAAGUUAUAGUUCCACAGAGUGACUAUUAUUAAACCACCAUCUCAUUGCUUAACAA